UAAUAACAUUCUCUUUGUAAAAUCGUGAAUACAUACAAGAGGAAAUAGUGAAUUACCAACACGUGUAUUUUCAAAACUCAUUAACACUUAACUAAAAUUGAUUACCAAACAUUCACUAUUCUAGUAUCCAAACGUCCCUUCUCCCUCACUGCAACAUUUCUCCAUCCUUCCAUCUCCCCGAACCAGCAAGAACUUCCAUGUCUCCCAUCCCAUCUCCUACUCUAACCUUUCGCCAUCCAUAACGCAACCUAUCAGCAUCUUCUUUUCCGAGGAAUUCAUGAAAGAACCAUCGGAAUACUUGGGGAAUCGUUGCCACCUUUCUCCUCUAAACUCUGCUGCUAUGGCUACCUUGGGGUAGAAGAGGGUGGAUUAAGGGUGGGGCCGCCGACGAAGAGCGAUUGGCGAGGAGAUGAGGUGGGGUCGCCGGAGGGGAGAGCUUGGAGGAGGAGACGAGGUGGGGUCGGCAGCAAGAGGCUGGAAAAGAAGACGAGAGUAGGUUUGUAGGACGGCAGAGGUUGGAGGAGGUGAGGGUUGGUCAGCCAUGUCUGGUGGGAUUUAUCAUUUAUGUGAGGAAGAAGAAUGUUGUUUGGUUAUCAGGUUAUGGGAGCAAGUUAGGAUGUUUGGGUAUCAAAAUAGCAGGAGCUUGGAGCAAUCAAAUGGACAGGUGUAGCAUUUCUAUUGAGCUUUAUAAUGGUCAGUAAAAAUUGGUUACUGACCUAUCAGUAGGGAAGUAUUGUCUCAGGAAGAAACUAUUGGGGAAUUGAUGUGACGGCAGUAAAAGUAUUGUCCCAAGAAGAUUUAGCGACCAUUUGCAAAGCGCAGUUGUAUCCAAGCUUCUCCACAUCCUCAUCCUUCACCAUGUUUCCUGAAUUUCGCAGAGGUCGAAGAAAUGGCAGCACCGUCUUCUUUUACUGCAACGGCGACAGUGGCGUCAGAUUCCGACCCAGAAGGAGUAGGUCACUGCAACCCAUCAAAGUUAUGGACUAUUGGGGCUCUCUUGAUCCUCCCUUCAUGCAAAAAAGCGGAGAUAUUUCCCCAAAAGAUCACAACUUUGAGUGCUCCAGCUGCUUGGAAAAUCUUCAAAGUCUGCAAGAACAUCUCAUCAGUCAUUUGGAUCCAACUAUUAUGGGGUUUUCAUCAUUGCUUGCAAAUUCGAGACUGAAUCUUUUGAGGGUUGAUGAUGCAAGAAAUCUUCUUGGCCAUUUGGGAUUGCUUCAGACCACCAUAACUGGGUUCCAAUUGUUUCAGAAAUGGAUACUGUGUUUUGCCAGAUGUAACAAUUGCCACUGCACUGGUUCACUAUAACGCAUUUGUCAGGUCAAGUGCUUCAUGCAUGGGGUGACCUGUGCUAGUCAUUAUCCGUUCAUAUCCAAUCAAAUCUACCAAGCUUACCUUAAAUGACGGGUGGAAUUUAUUGAGGCGCUUUAUAAAAUGGCCUUCAUAGGGUUUGUUUGAGCAAUGAGGAUUGACCUUAUCGCGGCGGAGGUCUUGUAAAUACUUUUGCUGGUCGGUUUCUUGAAGAAAAGCAAUUGGAUAUAAAGGGAUUGAGGGUUUACCGGUGGUGAAUUGUUUUGAGUAGAUCAGUUGCACGGAUAUCAGAUUUACGAUAAUCGAGGAGACUGGUAGUAGUAGCUAUGAUGUCGGACGGAAAUAGACGCAAGAGUGCAAGAUUGAUGGAUGCGGAAAGCAAGGGCAAGAAAAUAUGUUACACCGAAGAGGAUGUGUCUUCUGAAGAAGAUAAUUCCUGCCAGACACGGAGAAGAAAAAGGGUUCAGAUUGGACCAGUCCAAGAUCCGGCCGCAAGCAGAAAUGAGCAUGAACUGAAAACAGAGGUUGACAAUACACUUGCCGGUGAUGCUGCCAUGCCAUCAGAGACUCCUCUACCAGAAUCAUGGAAGCUUGAACUGCUUCUUAGCUUUCUGCGAAAGAAAGACUCGUACAAUAUGUUUGCAAAGCCAGUAAACUCACAAGAGGUUAAAGGGUACAGUGAUAUUAUUAAAGAGCCAAUGGAUUUCGGGACAAUUUCAGAAAAACUCAGUGCAGGAAGCUACAGAACACUGGAAGAAUUUCAGCAUGAUGUGUAUUUGGUGUCAGCCAACGCAAUGUCAUACAACCCCCCAUCCUCCAUUUUUAAUAGAGAGGCUCGUGAUGUAAAAAUUAUAGCAGAUGAGUUGUUUGGUGCACUGAAGAAUGACCUUAAAAGCUUUGAAAGUGUGCGUUCCCCAAAAACAUCACGAGCUGGUAUGAGGAGCAAGAACAUCACGAACAGUUCUGCUGAUAGGUCAACUAAUGGGAUGCCUUCAAAGGGUAGGUCGCAAGGGGUUGCCGAGCAGAAGUUACAAAAAGCCGAAGUUCUUAAUCCUCAGAUUUCGACUUCAAACUUUCAGCGUAGAGAUCUAGAUCUUAAUGUGGCAUUAUCUCAUAAUGGCAUCAAUAAUUCUCAAUCUUCAAAUAUCCUUCCUAGUUCCACCCCAACUCAGUACUGUGGUGCACAAACAAACGUUGGGUGCCAUAAUGGUCAGUUUAUUGGGACUCUGCCCUCAAUCAAUGCCUCCUUUAACAGCAGCAUUGGAACUGAUGUUAGUAGGGGUAGGGGUCCCGUUAUAACUAAUCUGCCUGCUUCAGAACUAAGGAGGCAAUUUGAAAAGGUUUAUGGUCCGUCGCCAUCUUCUUCCAGGUGGCGCUACCCUCGAGGUAAUUCAAGUUGGACUCCACCCUUUUGCUCCACACUUGGGCUGAACUCAAAUUGUUCGGGAGGUGAACCACGUCAAUUUCAACCUAUGGGUGGUAGAGGACGCACACCAUAUGGAACUAAUAGUUCCAAGCAGGCAAGCCAAGGUCUGAACCGGUUGAGGCCAGCGGAGAUAGGGCCACAACGACCUGUCUUCCAACCAUUCCAGCAGCAAGGGCAAGGCCGGAGCACACCAACCUCUGGAAGCCAGGGUCUGUACUGGUUGAGGCCAGCGGAGAUAGGGCCACGACGACCUGUCUUCCAACCAUUCCAGCGGCAAGGGCAAGGCCGGAGCACACCAACCUCUGGAACCCGCAUGAAGCCUAUAAAUUUGUCAGACGUAGAUCAGUGGUUUGGGCAUCAUCGGAGUGGAGGGGGAUCAAACACUGGAGCUCCUCCUGCAAGCUCACAAGGGCUGGGUGCCGCGGAAACAAACAUGUUUCCUUUGAACUCUCCGCACUCAGGGGGAUCAAACACUGGAGCUCCACCUGCAAGUUCUCAGGGAUGUGACUGAACCCGUGGAAAUAUCGGCAAUGAAGGUUGUAUGAAUAUGUUGCGUGAACAAACAUGUCAGUGUGCUCGCGGGUCUGUUUUAUCGUACCGUUUCCAUUUCGUCAGAACAUAAGAGUUUGAAGUUAUGCUUUGUUGUUUUUUAUGAAACUGCUGAGAUGAACUCAACUUUUGGCUUUGGUUUUGGUUUUUCCUAGACAAUUACAAUCCGUCUCCUGUUUGUUGCAUGUUGGUUCAGAGUGUUGUAGUUUAAAAUGGUUAACAUUUGCUUCUGUAUCGGAGGUUUUAAGUUCAA